GUCGCAGACGAGAAGGACAAGAAGGCCGAGGCGCCGCCCGAGGUCGUGGAUGGUGACGAGGACGGCGAUGAGGAGGAGGACGUCGCCGGGACGCCCGCCGGCGGUGAGGGGAAGAAGAAAAAGAAAAAGAAGAAGCCCAAGAAGAAGAAGGCUGAGCAGUCUGAGCCUCCUCGCGUUGGACUCUCGAAGCUCUUCCCUGACGGCAAGUAUCCGGAGGGUGAACUGCAGGAGUACAAGGAUGACAAUGCCUGGCGUACUACGUCCGAAGAGAAGCGCUACGAUGAGCGGAUGGCCAUGGAGGAUCCGGAACUCACGUAUAACAACAUCCGCCGUGCCGCCGAAGUGCACAGGCAAGUGCGGAAGUACGCCCGCAAGCACAUCAAGCCUGGCAUGAGCAUGCUCGAAAUCGCCAAUACCAUCGAGGAUGGCACGCGGGCACUGGUGGAGGAGAACGGCAUGGAGUCUGGCGUAGGCUUCCCCACCGGUCUCAGUUUGAACAACUGCGCUGCGCACUAUUCGCCAAAUUCCAGUGACACGAUAGUUCUGCAGCAGGGUGAUGUCAUGAAGGUUGACUUCGGUGUCCAUGUCAAGGGCCGCAUCCUUGACUCGGCCUUCACGAUGACCUUCGACCAUACAUACGACAAGUUGUUGGAAGCGGUUAAGGCAGCAACAGACACUGGUAUCCGAGAAGCUGGCAUUGACGUGCGACUUGGAGAGCUUGGUGGCUAUAUCCAAGAAACUAUGGAGUCAUAUGAAGUUGAGGUUGACGGCAAGGUGUAUCCUGUGAAAGCCAUUGAGAACCUUAGUGGUCACUCCAUCAACCCGUACCAAAUUCACGGUGGCAAGUCAGUAAUGCUCGUCAAGAAUGAGGAUCAGACCAAGAUGGAGGAGGGCGAGUACUUCGCCAUUGAAACCUUCGGCUCGACAGGUCGUGGUCGCGUAGUGGAGAGCGGCGAGGUGUCUCACUAUGCACGAGUAGUAGACGCGCCGCGAGUCAACCUUCGCAGGCUGACCACGGCAAAGUCAUUGCUCAACACGAUAAACAAAAACUUUGGGACCCUGCCCUUUUGUAGACGAUACCUUGAUCGGAUCGGCGAGCAGAGAUAUAUCCUAGCUCUGAAUCACCUGGUGCAACAAGGCAUUGUGCAGGACUAUCCCCCCUUGUAUGACCAGAAGGGAUCUAUGACGGCGCAGUUUGAACACACGAUUCUAUUACGUCCCACACGGAAGGAGGUGGUCAGCAGAGGCGACGACUACUGAGCUGCUCUACUUGUACCACGUACCCCUGACGGGCCUGGUGUAUUUGUAGCCUUACCGUCCCACUUAGCAUCUCUAUCGCACUUGUACAGCAGACAAGGCCCGUUCCGCGGGGUAAGCUUGACUUCGACGGCGGGAAGUCCUCGGGGCGGCUCGAGGAAGGAGAAUGCAUGUGAUUUGCUCUGUGCUUCGAUGACACCUUGGGCGCCUGCUGGAGCACCGUCCCUCGACGCGCUACAAAUGCCCUCUCGGAGCUGUCUGCCGCACGAAUGCAUACGAACGCCUAGGAGCUCUUCUUCAUCUCCGUCUAU